UGAGGUCUAUUGACUGAGGCUGACGUGGACUGCGACGUCACGGCGGGGUUCAUUUAAAUGGGGUUCGGGGGGAGAGAAGCAGUUUAAAUUAGUUUGGGGGGAAACAAAGAGCCAGAGCAGGAGCCACGCAUAAAGGCGGAUGCUGGAGAAGAGUUCACGCACGAAACUUCACGAAGACAUUUCAGUUUUUCAGUGUGGAAACUUUCAACACAGAAAACAAAAUGCGUGGCCUGUUUUCCACCCUCAUCGUGGUGCUGGUGGCCUUAAUGAUCGUGACCACAGAGGCUGGGAAAAACAAGAAAGAGAAGAAUAAAGGAGGUAAGGGUGGUUCGGACUGUGCGGAAUGGCGCUAUGGCAGUUGUGUGGCCAAUAACGGGGACUGUGGAGCAGGCACGAGGGAAGGCACCUGCAAUGAGCAGACCAAGAAAGUCAAAUGCAGAGUGCCCUGCAACUGGAAGAAAGACUUUGGAGCCGACUGCAAGUAUAAGUUUGGAAACUGGGGCGAGUGUGACGCAGCCACAAGCACAAAGAGCCGCACUGGCACUCUGGUAAAGGCUCUCUUCAACGUCGACUGUCAGCAAACCAUCUCUGUGUCCAAACCCUGCACCACCAAGGUCAAAAACAAACCCAAAGGUACACCUUCAACACCAAACCCAAAACUGACAUUUUUAAACCUAAGGGUGACAGAGGGUUACCAGCAUUAA